UGUCCCAUCCUACUCACCUCACCGGCGGCUCCAGCUCAGCCACCACCUCCGCGCCUACUAAAAUGGCCGCCGGAUCUCGCCGCGCGCGAAGGCGACCGCGCCGCCGGAGAUGAAGCGCCGCCACCUUCCGCCGGUGCUCGUCCUCCUCCUUGCGCUCUCGCUCCUCUCCCUCCCCUUCCGCCGCCGCCUGUUCCUCCCCCGCGGCCCGUCCCAGUACUACGCGGGCGGCGACGCGCUCCUCCGUAGGCUCGCGGCCGCCGACGCAGGUGGGGACCAGGUCCGCGCCGAGGCCGCCGCGCUGGUCGCAAAUGCCUCGGUGUCCUCCUUCCCCAGCAUCGGCAACCGCUACCGCCUCCUCUACCUCCGCCUGCCUUACCACACCAACGCCACCUCCGCGCCGCGGCAGCGGGCCGUCUCCCGCCUCCGCGUCCCCUUCGAGACGGUCCCCGACGACGGCGCCCUCCUCGCCGCGUUCCGCGCCUCCCUCCGCUCGUUCCUCCUCGCGCGACGCCAGCUCCGGCGCCGGGGCGGCGACGACGACGAUGUCGUCGCCGGCGUCGCCAUGGGCGGCAUUGGGGACCUCCUCGACCGCCACCCGCGGCGGGAGCGGUUCCCCACCUGCGCCGUCGUCGGGAACAGCGGCAUUCUCCUCGGCUCCGGCCGGGGCGGGCAGAUCGACGCGCACGACCUCGUCGUCCGCCUCAACAACGCCCGCGUCGCGGGUUACGCCGCCGACGUCGGCGCCAAGACCUCGCUCUCCUUCGUCAACUCCAACAUCCUCCACCGCUGCGCCGUCCGCUCCGCCGUCGCCGCCGGCGGCUGCGCCUGCCACCCCUACGGCCGCGCGGUCCCCAUGGCCAUGUACGUCUGCCAGCCGGCGCACCUCCUCGACGCGCUCAUCUGCAACGCCACCGCCACGCCGGCGUCCCCGUUCCCGCUCCUCGUCACCGACGCGCGCCUCGACGCGCUCUGCGCGCGCAUCGCCAAGUAUUACUCGAUGCGGCGGUUCGUGGCCACGACCGGGGAGCCGGCGAACAACUGGACCCGGAGGCACGACGAGAGGUACUUCCACUACUCGUCGGGGCUGCAGGCGGUGGUAAUGGCGCUGGGGGUCUGCGACGAGGUGAGCCUGUUCGGGUUCGGGAAGGCGGCGGGAGCGAAGCACCAUUACCACACCAACCAGAAGAAGGAGCUGGACCUGCACGACUACGAGGCCGAGUACCAGUUCUACCGCGACCUCCAGGCGCGGCCGGAGGCGGUGCCGUUCUUCGACGAGACGCCGGGGUUCAAGGUGCCGCCAGUGAAGCUAUACUGGUGAGUGGUGACUGGUGAAGUCAGUAACAUGUAAUUGCUACUUGUUGUACAUUUUUUACAACUAGAAUAUUUUUUAGACAUAGAGAAAUGUGUACAGUAUGGCAAUCAAAAUUUGAAAGGGAAUUAGAGAUUGGGAUGGAGCAUGUAGAGGGAAAAUUUUGUGUUGAUCAGAUGAAUCAAAAUGGUUGUAACUGUUCAUGUACAAUUUGUGUAGUACAACUGUACACUACCAUGACUGCAUGAGUAUAUACUUCAGACGCCGAACGUGUAAAUUACAGCAUUGAAAAUGUAAUGAGACUGGUUGAUUUGUCA